AUGUCUCUCGAUUUCGGUCUGCAAGACGUUCAUGUCUUGAUCACUGGCGCUGCUGGAGGCAUAGGCCUUGAGACCGUCAAAACGUUCCAGAGGCUUGGAGCUCGUAUCACAGCUCACUACAAUUCAAAGCCUGGAGAGCUUACGGAUCUCUCGGACAUCGUUGCUCUACAAGCGGAUGUUCGUGACGAGAUUGCAGUCAACAGGCUGUUUGAAGAAGCAUCACAACGCAAUGGCCCGGUUAGCGUCUUGAUUUUGAAUCAUGGCAUAUGGCCCAGCAAUGACACUCAUAUUGCCGACAUGGACCUCAGUCAAUUUCGCAACACAUUGGAUGUAGACCUCACAGGUCCAUUCCUGCUCUGCAAAGCCUACCUCCGUGCCCUUCGAUCCGCUCCAACAUCCGUCAAAGACGUUGCCAGCAUCUGUUUCAUUGGCAGCACAGCAGGUAAAUUCGGCGAAGCCAAUCAUGGAGACUAUGCAGCAGCAAAGUCUGCUCUGAUGUACGGUCUCACACCGACUCUAAAGAAUGAAAUCGUGGCUAUUGCUCCCAGAGGACGAGUCAAUAGUGUCAACCCCGGAUGGGUCGCUACACCUUUGAAGCAAGAGACAUUAAAGRACACGAGAUUUGUUGAACGGGCUCUUGCUACGACUCCCCUUCAAAAGGUCGGUAAGCCUGAGGAUAUUGCCAGACAAGUUGCGGUCGUAUCUUCGCCUACGCUUUCGGGACAUGUGAAUGGUGUAAAUCUUCAGGUGGAUGGUGGAAUGGAAGGGAGGUUGCUUUUCCCGCCAAGUCAUUGA